AUGGCGGACCCCCUGUUCGACUGCAGCCCCCUCAUCAGUGCAGCAGCCUCAGGUAAGCUCCGGCUGGUGCGCCUGCUGGUGGAUGGGGGGGCUCAGGUCAACGGGCGCUGCCCCCAAGGAGAGACGGCGCUGCUGGCUGCGUGUAAGGCCCUGAGAGGAGAGCCGGCCGGGCCCGAGACAGUGAAGCUCCUCUCAUACCUGCUCCACAACAAGGCAAAUCCUAACGUACAGGACCGUGCCGGCCGCACCGCUCUGAUGUACGCCUGCAUGGAGCGAGCGGGAGCUGCGGUGGCUUCCACCCUGCUGUCUGCAGGAGCCGACCCCAGCAUGGAGGACUACUCCGGAGCCUCAGCUCUGGUGUACGCCAUCAACGCUCAGCACCAACCCACGCUGGAGGUGCUGAUGGACGCCUGUCGGGCCAGGGGUCGUGACAUCAUCAUCAUCACCACAGAGGUCGGUGUGAGCGGAGGCCAAGUGACCAGACGUUACCUGAACAUCCCCCCCUCCCCCAACAGCUCACCGGUGUCCUGCAUGUCCCCGUCCGACAUCGUCCUAAAGACGAGCUCGCCCAGCUCACCUGAGGGAGACAACAUCUUCAACUUCACCAAAUCAUCUUGAUCAGGAAGCAGCAGCAGCAGCAGACGUCCCUCCUGCGAGCUGAGUCCACUGAGCCGCUCUGACACUCCCAGACACAGAGUGUUAUCUGAACCAUGGCUGGCCAUUCACAACCUGGCCUGUCUGAACAGAGCUUAUGAGGAGGGCACGAGGGAGAGGAGCCGGCAGGAGGAGGAAGGCAGAGAGGAUUUAGGACGAGGGGGAGGAGGGAGCGAAGAUGAGAGAAGAGAGGAUGAGGAUGAGGAGUCACAUUUCCAUCAGGUCAGGGUGGAAGAAAGGAGGGUGAGCCUGGUUCACAGAGGGGAUGACAGACAUGGAGGAGAGACUUUCCACAGGGGCUGUGAGGAUUUCCCUCUGAGGGUCUCUCAGCCCGGGCCCCCCCUCACAGAGGCGAGCUCCUCUCAGGCAACCAUGAGCCGACUGAUCUCCAAGAGGAGUCUGACUCCAACAGGGUCAGCGCUGGAUCACCUGACCCAUAGGAGUUCUGUCACUAAGCUUCCUGUCUGCCCAUCACCUCACUCCCACCUCCGCAGGAACACCCUCCCCUCCGUCACGGUGGUCCCGCCUCCCCUUCACCUCCCGCCCUUGGUCCACCAAUCAGACUCUCACCUGCAGGUGCCGAGCCGGAGCACCCUCGCUAAAAGCAGGAGCAUGGUGUUUCUCCCUCAUCCGCCCUCCACACCCUCCUCUUCAUCAGGAGCACCUGGGAGACGAACACUCCUCCCUCCGCUCCCCCUCUCCCUCUCUCUCACCUCCCUGGUGGCUCCUGCGGCCUCCUGCUGUGGUGAGAGGAGCAGGAGGUCACUGCGUCGUCACUCGGUGCAGCUCGACCAGAUCACAGGAGACAGGACCAACCACAUGGGCCUUCACGACUGAGACUCCUGCUGGAGGCAUCUUCAUCCCUCUGUAACGAGAGGCUUCCACAUGAGGAAUGAAUCAGUCGCCAUAGU